GCGAAUAUGAUAAAUAUUUUAGUUUAUGCAACGGACGCAACAAAAACUUCGUAUGGCUGAUGAAAAAUGCUAGACAUCUAGCAAUUAAUGGUGAAUCUCAAUGGUGGUUAAAUUAUGACGAUGUAGAAAUUGGAAAACCUAAAAUAAAUAUCAAAUAUUGCCCAAGUUAUUUCUCUUGUAUAAAUCCGUCAGUUUCGGGAAGAAUGUCUUUUGGAAAACCUGCAAAAAAAAAAGAGAAGACUGUUACGCCUGAGGUUAUGAAGACUGUUACGCCUGAAGUUAUAAAGACUGUUACGCCUGAAGUUAUAACACUAGACGAUGACGAUGUUAUGAAAAAAUAUUAA